AAACAAGGGUAUUGGAUUUAAUCUAAUAAUUUCAUGGGUUUUAUCGAGAAAGCCUUUUUCCCCUCCACGUCCAUCCACUUCUGGGAUUUUUUUGCGUUUGAGCGCACUGCAGGAUUUCCCCGCUUCUGAGUUUGAUGUUCACCCCAACUUCUGCGCGCAGCCCAAGGCGGAUUUACGGGCAUUUCGGAGUUUCGCAUAUGGUCUCCAGUCCGAGCUCAGGGAUUGAAAAGCGGCUCGGCUCCAGCGCGCAGCUGGGGGUGCCAUCCUGUAUCUAAUGGCAAACACAUUUCACCCUCUAUACCAGCUUGAUUCCCAUUGACAUGGAAUGCGCCCGAGUAUGGAAUAUCUUACAUCUGGAGCAAUUUGCGCAGAUAUAUUUCUUCCACCUAUAAAGAAUAUAAACUCCGGAUAAAUCCUUUCACAGAUUCAGUGCGGCUUUGGAUGCUUGAAGUAUGCAACACUUGGAUGAAAACCGUGGAUGACUUCGCAUGCAUUUCUUUCUUUUUUUUUUUUUCUUCAGAUUUCCCCCCUGCUCCUCUGAAGCGUUACAGUGUACGCUACACUUUGAAGAGGACUUCACGGCCACGUAUACGACCAGUGGUGCCAUCUGUUUGAUUAAAGCAAUUUCUGCGCAUUGCAGAACUACACUAUCUUUGGAUGAACUUUUCCUCUGUAUUCCCAUGGAGCAUGUGGGAUUUGGUUAAACAGGAGAGAUAACGACAGAGGAUGGUACAUUGUAACAUUCCACUCUCAGCUGUUGCCCCAGAGUGUCAGGGCGCGCAAAUUCACGGCUUUUGGGCAAAACAGAUGCGCAUCUGCGCGUUGGAGGAAUGCUGUCGGUGGGCGAUAGGAGAGCGGGUGGAGAUGGAGGUGGAGGUGGGGGAGUGCGGACUGAGGGUCUGUCCGAGAUCUGAGCCUUCUUUACUCUGGAACUAAAACCACUCUCCUAUCCCAUUCCUUUGGGUUCGAGCGGGACCGUUGUGCGCGGCAUUGUUAAACGGAUAAGGAGCGUUUCGGAUUCCCAAACCCGUGUUUUAAACACCCAGAGGACAGAGGACUCGUUUUAAUUGCAGCUGGAUUGGCCAAGGACCAUUACUCCUACCCGAGUACUGCUCAAACAAGGGCUGUAAAGAAAUUCAGGCACUCCUCUGCCUCCAUGGAUGGAAACACAAAGGAUAAGCUAUGUACAAAACCGACCAUCAUCUAUACCUGAACACAACUUAAGCAACAAUGUGGAUACUGAAGACACAUCUCCUUUUGGGGGUUGUCCUCUUUGGAAUAUUGCAAAAUGUGGCGUGUGAAUUGCAUCAUCCUUUCAUCGUUUCGGACACAAACGAGUUCGUGUUAGAGCUGCACUCCAUGUUUAACAUCAGCUGCACAGGGAAGAAAGACGUCAUCUGGGAAGAGCCACUACCAGUCAACACACACGUGCUGCCCGGGUAUUACAUGACCACACUGCUGAUUGACGGUGCCGAGGCUCAUCACACCAGAGAGUACACGUGCGUUUACCAGAGCCCAGAUAUAGAGCAGGCAAACACGGAGGACAUAGCCAGCAUCUACAUUUUUGUCCCAGACCCUCAAGUUCCAUUCGUUCCUGGGGAUUCGACGGAGGUCUCCCGGUAUAACAUUCCUUGCCGCGUUACAGAUCCCAAAUCUGUUGUGAUUCUACGGAGUCUACCAAGUGGAGUUGAGCUCCCAUAUCACUAUGAACAGAAGUAUGGAUUUCUUGGCUACUUUCCUCUUGGCGAGUACGUGUGUGAGACCGUUGUGAAUGGUACAACGGUCCCUAGCGUGGUGUACACAGUGAAGGACAUGUCAAAUAUGUUUAAUGUGCCGGAGAAGGAUUUCAGUGUGGAACUGACAGCCAGUCAGGAGGAAAUAAAAGUGGGAGAAGCUUUUAACCUGACCUGCACGGUUCCACCUGGCGCUCUCUAUGUCCAGGAGUGGUUGCAUCUCAGUAAAGAGGCUGUAGGUGCUAUUCAGAAGAAGGAGACCUACCCUGAUAAGGUUUUAUAUAUCCUCAGUAUCCCACAUGCCUCAACGAAUGACACUGGCUUCUACGAAUGCUCAGUCACAGAGCAGUCCAGCGGCAAGACCCACUCCUCCCAAGUAUCCAUCAUUGUCCAUGAGGGUUCUUUUGUUAUUCUGGAUCACAGUGGGAUUGGAACAAUAGAAACCAUCCCUUUCGUGGAGAAGGCUGAAUUCACCAUUUACAUUCAUUCUGAUGGUGUUCCCAAGGUCACGUGGUUCAAAGAUGACCAUGUAUUGAAUAGUAAUUAUAUAAUAACAACCAAGACCACUCUUCUAGGAGACAGAAGGUACGAGAGUGUUUUAAUUCUGCGACACCCUGUAGAAGAUGACAGUGGAACAUAUAAGAUUACAGCGUCACUCGGCUCACAGAGAAAAGAGUUUUCCUUCAAACUCUAUGUUGAAGCUGGUGAGCCCCAGAUAACACAGCCCAUGCUUGCUCCGGUAAUCUGGCCCAGGAACAAGACCAUGGUGGUGUUCCUUCACUCCAUGUUUAGACUGACAUGUCGCGGCCAAGCAGAAGUGUUCUGGAAAGGUCCCGUCUCCCUUGACAAGCAGAAGUCGGAUGACAAGAGAGGCCUGUUCAUUUCCACGGUGACUGUGGACAGUGCUACUGCAACACACACCGGAGAAUACAUCUGUUUGUACAAGAAUGAGAAUCAGACUGACAAGAGCAGCAUCUACAUCUUUGUGCCAGAUCCGGACAUGCUGUUCGUGCCCCUGCCGCCCUAUGGGCACCAUGUGCUAAAGAGCCCAGAUGAGAUGGAGAUUCCAUGCCGCGUGUCUGAUCCGAAUGCUCAUGUGACGCUGUUCCAUGUUGAGACUCAGCAGGUUCUGUCCACCAACUAUGACAGCAAGAAGGGUUUUCUAGGCAACUUCACACCUGGGACAUAUGUGUGUCAGGCCAUUGUGGAUGGAGAAGAGCAUGAGAGCGACGCGUACAUUGUCCAUGGCUGGACAGUGGGCUCAGGGCUGCACGUAGAGCUUAAGGCAGAGAAGAAGGCUCUGCUGGUUGGGGAAACCCUCAUUGUAAACUGUGUAGCCAAUGGCAGUGACUUGCUAGAUCAACAAUGGAAGUAUCCUGGAAAAAUGGCGGAUCGUGGUAAGACGACACUAAAGGAGAACAAAAAAGAUCAGGAGAUCUAUUACACCCUGACUGUGCCCGAUGCUAGAACUAAAGACAGUGGAACUUAUGCCUGUUCCAUCAGUGACAUUAUGAGCAAUGAGAGCCAAAUCAAAGAGCUCACCAUUACUGUCUAUGAGAGGGAGUUUGUAUCUCUAGAUCCAAUGUUUGGCCAUGUGGAGACAGCCAAACUGAACGAUGUUCAGGAGUUCCGGGUGGACAUUGAGGCUUUUCCUGAACCUAAGGUCACGUGGUGGAAGGAUGGCGUUGUAUUGGGUGAUAUUGCUGCAGAGUUUACUACCUCCCUUCAGACGAUCAACGAGACAAGGUACCAGAGCACUCUCACUCUGAUUAGAGCUAAGGCUGAGGACAGUGGCAAUUACACGGUGCAAGCUGUGAUAGGCAACCAGGCUGCAAGCUACUCGUUCAACCUUCAGGUGAAAGUUCCUGCUAUAAUCGUGGACCUGCUAGACCUGCACCAUGGCUCAGAAACAGGCCAGGCUGUGGUGUGUAUAGCCAGAGGAUCUCCCGUCCCUGAGGUGGAGUGGUACAUCUGUAAAAACAUUAAACAGUGUUCCAAUGACUCAACCGAGUGGUCACCUCUUCAGACCAACACCACUGGCAUCACCAUUGAUGCACACAUAGACCAGGACAACCAGUUGGAGAGUCAGGUGAUCUUUGGACAUCUGGAGAACACGCUGGCUGUGCGCUGCCUGGCACGGAACGAGAUGGUCGCUGUGUCCCGUGAGAUCAAACUGGUGGCCAAUGGUCCGCACUCAGAGCUCACUGUGGCGGCUGCUGUUCUGGUGCUGUUGGUUAUUGUCAUCAUCUCCCUCAUUGUGCUGGUCAUUAUCUGGAAACAGAAGCCACGUUAUGAGAUCAGGUGGCGGGUCAUUGAGUCAGUGAGUCCAGAUGGGCACGAGUAUAUCUAUGUGGAUCCCAUGCAGCUGCCCUACGACACACGCUGGGAAUUCCCACGUGAUGGCCUUGUCCUUGGCCGUAUUCUGGGCUCAGGGGCCUUUGGGAAGGUGGUGGAAGGCACUGCGUAUGGACUCAGUCGUUCUCAGCCAGUAAUGAAGGUCGCAGUGAAGAUGCUCAAACCAACGGCUCGCUCCAGUGAGAAACAAGCACUGAUGUCAGAGCUGAAGAUCAUGACUCACCUGGGCCCCCACCUCAACAUUGUCAACCUGCUCGGUGCAUGCACCAAAUCAGGUCCUAUCUACAUCAUUACCGAGUACUGUUUUUAUGGAGACCUGGUGAACUACCUGCAUAAGAACAGAGACAGCUUCCUGAGCCGACAGGCUGAGAAGGGCAAGAAGGACCUGGACAUCUUUGGCAUCAAUCCAGCUGAUGAGAGCAGCAGAAGUUAUGUGAUCCUGUCGUUUGAGGAAAAAGGAGACUACGUGGAUAUGAAGCAGGCAGACACAAUGCAGUAUGUCCCCAUGUUGGAGAGGAGCAACGCCUCCAAAUACUUCGACCUUCAGAGAGAUGACUAUGAUCACCCUCCCUCUCACAAACACAUCAACGAAAGUGAGGUAGAAAAGCUUCUCUCUGAUGACUCAGAGCGCUUGACCACAAUGGAUCUUCUUAGCUUCACCUAUCAAGUGGCCAGAGGGAUGGAGUUCCUGGCCUCCAAAAAUUGUGUUCACAGAGAUUUGGCAGCUCGAAAUGUUCUGCUGUCUCAGGGGAAGAUUGUGAAGAUCUGUGACUUUGGGCUGGCCAGGGACAUCAUGCACGACAACAACUAUGUGUCCAAAGGAAGUACCUUCCUGCCAGUAAAAUGGAUGGCCCCUGAGAGCAUCUUUGAUAACCUGUACACCACUCUGAGUGAUGUCUGGUCUUACGGCAUUUUAUUGUGGGAGAUCUUUUCUCUGGGCGGGACCCCUUAUCCUGGCAUGGUUGUGGACUCCAGCUUCUAUAACAAAAUCAAGAGUGGCUACAGGAUGGCCAAACCUGAACACGCUUCCAGUGAUGUUUAUGAGCUGAUGGUGAAGUGCUGGAACAAUGAGCCAGAUAAGAGACCCUCUUUCCACAGUCUGAGUGAGAGUGUGGCCACCCUGCUGCCCUGCGGAUACAAGAGGAGCUAUGAGCGUGUAAAUAACGACUUCCUGAAGAGCGACCACCCGGCGGUGACCCGCGUGCAGUGUGUGCAGAGCGAUGAGACCUAUUUGGGUGUGGCCUAUAAGAACCAGUGCAAGAUGAGAGAGCGUGAAAGCGGCUUCGAGGAGCAGAGACUGAGCUCAGACAGUGGCUACAUCAUCCCUCUGCCUGACCUUGAACCCCUUUCCGACGAAGAAUACACCAAAAGGAACCGUCACAGCUCUCAGACAUCUGAGGAGAGCGCUAUAGAGACCGGCUCGAGCAGCUCCACCCUGCCCAAGCGGGAGGGAGAGACCCUGGAGGACAUUACGCUGCUGGAUGAGAUGUGCCUGGACUCGGGAGAUCUGGUGGAGGACAGCUUCCUGUGAGAGAUGGAAAGAGAAAAAGAGAGGAUGAGAGAGACCCUGUUUAGCAAUUCAUCCGAAAGGGAGGAGGAGGAGAGAAGGGCUAAAAUGCGAGCGUCAAUACAAGAACUCUUCAGAAUAGCCCUUUUCUAUCUCCCACCUGUUCUCUGAACUCUUGCUCCCGUGUCAUCCACCUGCCCCUAGAAUCCUCAGAGGAAAAAAAAAGAUUCUUCACAGCCUGGAUGUCCUGUAAAGGUCAGCUAUAAUUAGAGACAGCGUCCUCUACUGGUUCGGAGGACUUUCUGGGUACUCAAACUAUGAGGAAUUAAGGAAAUAAUACAGAAUAUUAACAUUUUUGUAUAGAAGUUUAUUUUGAUGGGCAUUCAGAACAGUGAAUUAAGCAGGAAUGUAUCAAGACCUGAGCGUACUAUUGUAUUCUCCAUUAUCAGUUUAUUUACCAAUGAGUCAGUCUGUGCUUCCAAUGACCACUACACCUGAACAAAUGAACUGACCUGACGCAAUUUAUUUCCAUUCACAUCCAUUUUCUAACACGUUGCACAAACACAAACUUUUGACUAAAUAUUUAGAUCCUUUAGCUGAUACAUACAGUAUAUUGUCCGAGAUGCAAUAAGUGCAGCAGUUUUUAAAUUUUUUAUUUUUUUUUAAAAGUGUAAUAGUUUGUGAAUAUUGGGGAGGGAAGGGGAAAGUCUUUAUGGUUCUAAAUGAAGAAAACAGCAAUAAUGUUUUGACUUUUAUAUGGCACACAAACCUCACCCCAUUGCAGUACAACCGUACCAAAGCGUGGACCAAAGAUUAAACAUUCUGUUCAAUGUGUUGAGCAGAAGCAAAGGCAAUAUCGCCAUUGAUGACCAAUAAGUACAUUUUCUACCAGUGUUAUAGUACACAGGAACUGUGUUUUUACCCUGUGGCAGCGAUGAACUAAUCACCUCAAUGAGAGGAGAAACUUGUGGUAGCUUGAUUGGCCUUUAAAGGUCAAAUUUUCACAAUAAGCUGGAAUGUUUUGUUGCUGUGUAUAACAAUGUACCAUAAUCAUCUGUUUACUAUUUGCAUAAUCUAAACCAAAUGACAUAUUAUAUUGGCUGGUUUAGAUGUUGUACCCAAAGGUUCCCUUUCAUCCUUUCAGCUUUUUGUUAAAGCUUUAGAUCUGUACCAUAGUAGCAAAAUAACCGUAGUAAUAUUGUAGAGAGAGGGAAGACAUCUUGAAUGUAGUUGUCUAGUAUUUCAUAUUAUAAGAUUACAAUAACCCAAAUAUUAUUAAACCUAUUUCUAGACAUUUUCUACACAUUUGAAGGUUAAAUUGUCUUAUACAGUUGGUAGUUAAUUAUGCUUCUUGCUAGACAUACUUAAAUGCUUAAAAUAUAUAAAUAUAUAUUUUUAAAUGUGAAAUUAGUUUUAAAAAAUACUCUCUCAUAUAUAUAUAUAUAUAUAUAUAAUGUAUGUAUAUAUGUAUAUGUAUGUCUAGAAAUAGGUUUAUUAAUCUUAUAUUUGCUUUACUGUAGUCUCAUAAUUGGAUAAAUUAGAUAAAUUUGAUAUCUAUAUUCAAGAUAUUUUCAACGUCAUUUUUUGCAUUGAGAGGUUUUGUGAUAUUCAUAUAAAAUUACUAAUAUGCAUAAGAUGUUGAGCUCCAGACAAUCUUGACCUUCUGUUCUGUUCCUGAGCAUUGAUGCUGGACUAUGGAGCGUAAAACCCCGGUAUUCCAGGUUUUUCAUUUAUGUAAACUGAAACACAGGUACACCAGCAAAUGUCCAGCUUCAGUGCAUGUAAAGUCUAAAGCCAAUUUCCAUCUCCCCUAUAUCAUGUACAGUCGUCCUGAAACCUUGUAGAGAGUUUCUGUGUAGCUAGUUUGAUGUUAUACAUCACUGCACGGAUUAAAUGCGUUUCCAAUGUAUAGUUUAUCAUCCAGCAAUCCACUGCCUCCCUCUGAGCAUAUAUCCUCUGUGAUCUACUCUAUGGGAAUGAAGGAAGAGAAAAAAAACCUGUUGCACUUUUUAGACCCUUCUUUUGUUGCUUUUAUCUGUCAUUCUAUGUUUGUUUGAAGAGUUUAUAUGAUUUAGCAAAUACAUUUGAUGAGAUUUAUUUGGCUUUAAAAUGCUUCCAGUUUCUGAAGACAGCAAACUGAGUGUUGUACAGGAAGAGAUGGUUAAUAGAAGGCCGGUAAGAAUUAUACUCCAUGGUACAGUAUGUGUAAUAAUAGGUAGUUACUCUCAGUACAAGACGUUAUUCUCCUGUUUUUAUUAUGCGUUAUGUCUGUCCAUUCAGAUGAUUUAUAUUUCAAUAAAUGAGAUUUAAUAAUGUGA